GAAUUCUGAUCUAUCAGUCUAUGUUGACUUUGGCCAGCAGGGCUGUUGUUGCCAUGCCAAUGCCAAGUAGCCCUAAUUAGUCCACUCACUAGCUACCUUGCUUGCCAGGCAAUAAGGGCAACACAGCUACUGCUCCAAUGGUAGCCAGAUCGGGACAGUUAAGCAUGUACCAUGUGCUAUGCAAACACAAACAGUGGAGGAGUGGCCAAAGUCCUGAGGGGAAGGAUUCUGCCAUUAGUAUUGUCAUGGCCACUGUUUCCUACCUGUGCUCUUUAAUGAGGCCAAACAAACUUAUGAGGAGAUAGCUUAGAGGAAAAGACAAAGAAACAAGGACUCAAAGGCAAACACGAUCUGUGUUGUCCCUACAUGCUGUAAACAGAGUUUCCGCCACUUAUUACAAGCAGUACAAAAGACAAAAAGAUUAAGGAAAGAACAAAAACACAAGAAAUUAUGUAAUUGAAAAAAUUACGAGGAGAGUGUUAAAUCUGCUUUGUGAGUCCAAUUAGUCAAGCGCAGAGGUGUAAAAAGAAAAAAAGAGAAGGAGAAGACAGUUUCAGAGAGGGGAGGAGGAGGGGGAGGGAGCGAUGGAUGAGUAGGAAGGGCUACUGGAGGCAGAUACAGAGAGAGGCAGGAAGUAGGACAGAGAGACAGAGCAACAGAAAAAGAAGCACAGCAGAGAGAAGAGAGGGGGAGGCAGAGCAGCAGCGUCAGUAUCUCUCUCGCUCCCUCCAGGCUCUGUGGCUGCAUGCUUUCUACCAGUCAAAUUACCAUCCUGAAGGGACUCAACAGUGUGGCGCAAGACCCUUGAAUGAUGGACUACUAAGCUAAACCUCAGCCACUAAGGCUUAACACCUGUGGGGACUAUGCUACCUUUGGGGAUUGAAAUUACAAAGCCCUACAGGGAAGGAAAGCACUCCGACAGAGCCAAGAAUCACUGAGGAAUGGUCUUUGUCUAGAGGAUCAAAGAUGGAUGGAAUGUGACUGAAGAAGAACGCAAGGGAAGGUGAUGAUGAAGGGACAUGAAAUUCUCUGCUUCAAUCAAUUCCUCUCUCGCAGUCUGAAGGAUAAAGUGGGAGUAAGAAGGCUGUGAAUGUCCAAGAGUCAAGGGAUCAGUGUCUUUGAGCAGUCUCCAAAGACUGUAUAUGACCUACAUCUCUGACCUUUGGUGUAACUCUGUCCCCCCUUGAUCACAGGGAAGCGAAAGGUUUGACUGGGUCGAGUCCAGAAGAACAAACACAAACUAUUUCUCUUGUUUUCUAUUUCUCUUGAAACCUCCCCUCCAUUCUGUUAUCUUUACUUUCUCUCUUCACUGUUCUCUGAAAACACAAUCCUGACAUGGACUCACAUAAGGUGCUAUGGACCAUAUCAGGACCUUCACCCUCUCCAGAGUGAUAGAGACACUAGUGUGAAAGACGUACAAUACCUGAAAAGUGGAGAGUAGUGGUGAGAGGAUUGUUCUGGCACUGGCAUCAUUUUCAGGCGGGGUUGAGACUGGAGGCAACGGUCCAAGCACAACGGACAAUGACGAGACAGAGCUAUGCAUGAAAGAAAGCAUUGAUCUUAGUGCACCGCACUGAUGCUGCAAACCACAUGCCCCCCAACGAGGGGUGGGUGUGUGUUGCUUUCUGUGUUCCACAAACAGACCUUUCCCUUCGCCUGAGUAGAGCCAGUAUCCCCAAAGCUAAAGCUCACGGAGGAUUUUAAACUGUCUGUCAAAUUUCGAUAAGUUCACAGACAGAAAGCUGCAAAUCAAGUGAAGAUUGAUCUUGUCAAGUCAAAAUAUGGUGGGAUGGUUUGAUGUGCGCCACCAAGUUUUUUGUGGCCACUUCGAUUGCUGCUGAGCUGGAGAGGACACUGCUGGGAGGGAGUGAUCUUUUUUGUACAAACCACACUCCAGGACUCUUCCUCAAAUCAGGAUAAUGCACACAUCCCCAGUGCUGAUCUCUGCAGCCACCAUGAGCAACAUGACGGUGCUUGACACUGCUGACCCCUAUGACCUUGACGUGACCUCCUCCGAGGCCAUCUACCCCAUCAGCUUCCAGGUUUCUCUGACAGGCUUCCUGCUUUUGGAGAUAGUUUUGGGCUUAAGCUCAAACCUCACUGUGCUCGUCCUCUACUGUAUGAAACAAAACCUCAUCAGCUCCGUCUCCAACAUAAUCACCAUGAAUCUGCAUGUGGUGGAUGUGUUGGUGUGUGUAUGCUGCAUCCCGCUGACAGCCGUGGUGGUGUUACUUCCUUUGGAGGCGGACACAGCCAUGAUCUGCUGUUUCCACGAGGCCUGCGUCUCCUUUGCGAGUGUAGCUACAGCUGCUAACGUCCUGGCCAUCACUGUGGACCGCUAUGACAUCUCAGUGCGGCCAGCAAACCGUGUGCUUACAAUGGGCCGAGCUGUAACUUUACUGGGAUCCAUCUGGGCUCUAUCCUUUUUCAGUUUCCUGGUUCCCUUCAUGGAAGUAGGGUUCUUCAUCAACUCUGGUUCAGACGUUUUUAACCAGACUGCAGUGGUCACAGUGGUUCAUACAAAUGAGUACUACACAGAACUGGGUUUGUACUAUCACCUGCUAGCCCAGAUUCCUAUAUUCUUUUUUACAGCUGUGGUAAUGCUAGUGACUUACUACAAGAUCCUUCAGGCACUUAAUAUUCGCAUUGGAACACGCUUUCAGCACAACCUACCUAAAAAGAAGCAAAAGAGCAAAAACACUAUCUCUUUGAGCACUGCAACACAAGCAGAGUCAACUGAUGCUUCACAGAGCAGCACAGGAGUCAGGGCAGGUGGGAAUGCACCCUUGGGCAUGCGGGCAUCAGUGUCAGUCAUUAUUGCGCUAAGACGAGCAGUAAAGCGUCAUCGGGAGAGACGGGAGAGGCAGAAACGAGUCUUCAGGAUGUCUCUUCUCAUCAUCUCCACAUUCCUACUUUGCUGGACUCCAAUAACUGUGCUCAACACCAUCAUCCUCAGCACUGGGCCCAGUGACUUAACUGUUCGCCUCCGCUUGGGCUUCCUGGUGAUGGCCUAUGGAACCACUAUCUUUCAUCCGCUCCUCUAUGCCUUCACUCGGCAGAAGUUCCAAAAGGUUUUGAAAAGCAAGAUGAAGAAGAGGGUGGUGUCUGUAGUAGAAGCUGACCCUACGCCAAACAAUGUGGUCAUCCAUAACUCGUGGAUUGACCCCAAGAGAAACAAGAAGGUCACCUUUGAGGACACAGAAGCCAGACAAAAAUGUCUAUGCUUGCAGGAUGCGGAGUAAUAGGAUUUACUCAAAUGUAAAUAUGUCAAAUAUAUACAGUAAAUAAAAGUCAUAAAAGUGAAGUAACAGACUAUGGCAGAUGAAUUUUACAAACUGGUGUUUUAGAGGGACAUAUUUUAUGGAAAUAGAGAGGUGGAAAGUAUUUGAAAAAAAAGCAUGGAAGAAAUGUGACUAUGAUAUACUACAAGUCUAAACAAGCUAAACAGACAUGUACUCAUUAACGAUGAAGUACAUACAUCUUGGGCAGCUUACUAAAUAAAUACUAAAAUUAUGACCUUAGAUAGAACAUGUGUUUCCUGAGAGAUGGAAUAAAAAGAUUAAGGCAAGGAGUUUCCUUAAAACAUAAACAUCACUUGUAAAAAGGGAAACUACCAGUUUGACGUUGAAUGUGUAUGGCUUCAAGGAUUGCAUUUACAGUUAAUUUUUCCUCAGUACAAAAAAUGUCUCAAAAUAGGUGUCAUAGGCACACAAAGAGGGUAAUUUAUUGCUAUUUAUUGUGGAAUGUUGUGGAGUGCUAUCAAGGACAAUUCAGUCAUAACUCUGUAUCUAAGCAGCAGUGUGUGUUGUUCUCUGGUUAGCAUAAGAUGAGACAAAUGUCUAUGUACAGUCAUAGAAUACCUUGAUAUUGUUUGUCACCAUUUGUAAUAAACCAAAUGCACAAUA